CCGGUCUAUCGAUAACAGACCGUACAGCUGAUCUCCUUCCAUCUCUAGCUAAGGAGUAAACAAAAAAGAAACACCCAGAAAUAACAAAAAUAUGGCAUUUUGCAUAGCAGUAAUCGGCAAGGAUAAUGCGCCAUUGUAUUUAACAACUGCUGAUAUGGAGCAGGAACUGGAUUUGCAAUAUCACGUACACGCCGCUUUGGACGUCGUUGAAGAAAAAUGCUUAAUUGGCAAGGGAGCUCCGGAGUCCAAAGAACUUUAUCUAGGACUGCUCUACUCCACAGAGAACCACAAAAUCUACGGCUUUGUAACAAACACUAGGGUAAAAUUCAUAGUGGUCAUAGAUUCCAGCAAUGUUGCUCUACGAGAAAACGAGAUCAAUAUCUUCCAGAUCUUUCGAAAUCUCCACUUGCUCUAUACAGAUGCCAUCUGCGAUCCCUUCUACAUUCCCGGCGAAUCCCUGACUUCCAAGAAAUUUGAUCGCGCUGUCCAGAAACUGAUGAGCGGCAAUGCCUAGCUGUAGAUUAAAACUGAACGAACAAUAAAGCGAAUUGUUUAUCACA